UGACUGUGGGAAAUGUUCCCACGAAACUACAAUUUCAGAAGGUGGUUGUUGGAGGCAUUUGUACCCGUUAGACGCUGCAGUGGUGUAGUGCCAAACCGUUCCUGAAAAUUUGGCACCAGGAGAAACAAAGGUGGAACCUGCUAAAGGAUAAUUAUCCAGUGUUGAAGAAACUCUACUGUGAGUUGGCUAAACUGCCUUACUUUGCCGUCUGUUCUUCUAUUGCCCAAUUAGGGAGAAACGAAGGAGUGGCCGGCUGACCACACACCAACAGACUGCUUACGGACUUGAUUUUCAAGGUUUUAAUUUUAACAGAAAACAAACCUGAUGGUUUUUGUCUAAGUGUUGCAGCAAAAACAUCGGUGACCUGCUUUUUUUGUUUUGUUUUCUUUUUUCCGUCUCCCUUUCCAGCCUUGGCCACUCUGUUGUGCCAUCUCCUCUGAGAACUCAUUUUACCAGCUAUUAAGGAUCAGUUUGCCUCUCCGGACACAGCUCUUUCUUUCAUUUCAGCUUACCCCAACCCUCAUGAACUUGUUCUUCUCAAAUGGGUGAGCAGGAGGACGAAAUAUGACCCUGUGUUUUGUCGUGUGUUUGGGGCAGCAGUAACACCGUGUGGUUUCCAUGGAAAAGGCCAGAUAAAUAUGGCGCAAAAGGAGCGUAUAAAUGCUUUACCUCUAUGUCUGUGGUACAAGUGAAAUCGAAGCCGGCUAGUGUAGCGCUGCAAGCUCCACCCUGGAACUCCUUGCUCAGACUCUUCUCAUGUGUAGCCACAAGGAGUGUGCACAGGACUAAAGAGGUCCCCACAUUUCAAGAGGAGACGAAAGCCUUAUUUGGAAAUCUUAUGGACGAAGAAAUGAGUCGCCAGACUGCCACCGCGCUGCCCACAGGAACAUCUAAGUGCCCUCCCUCUCAGCGUGUGCCCACCCUUUCAGGCACCACAGCCUCCAACAGUGACCUGGCGAGCCUGUUUGAGUGUCCUGUCUGCUUCGACUAUGUCCUCCCCCCAAUCCUCCAGUGCCAGUCCGGACACCUGGUGUGCUCUAACUGCCGACCUAAGCUCACUUGUUGCCCCACCUGCCGAGGUCCCCUGGGUUCCAUCAGGAACCUGGCCAUGGAGAAGGUGGCCAACUCUGUCCUUUUCCCCUGCAAGUAUGCCUCAUCAGGCUGUGAAGUCACCUUGCCUCAUACCGACAAGACCGAGCACGAAGAGCUUUGUGAGUUUCGGCCGUACUCCUGCCCCUGCCCCGGUGCCUCUUGCAAGUGGCAGGGAUCAUUGGACGCAGUCAUGCCUCACCUGAUGCACCAGCACAAGUCCAUCACCACACUGCAGGGGGAGGACAUCGUGUUCCUGGCCACAGAUAUCAACCUGCCCGGUGCGGUGGACUGGGUAAUGAUGCAGUCGUGCUUCGGCUUCCACUUCAUGCUUGUGCUGGAGAAGCAGGAGAAGUACGACGGACACCAGCAGUUCUUUGCCAUCGUGCAGCUCAUUGGGACUCGCAAGCAGGCCGAGAACUUCGCCUACCGACUGGAGCUCAACGGGCACCGGCGUCGUCUGACCUGGGAGGCCACGCCACGCUCCAUCCACGAGGGCAUCGCCACAGCUAUCAUGAACAGCGAUUGCCUGGUGUUCGACACAUCCAUCGCACAGCUGUUUGCUGAGAACGGCAACCUGGGAAUCAACGUCACCAUCUCCAUGUGCUAAAAACUUUGAAGAGAAGAGGAUUUAAAAAAACAAAAGAAGUUACAUAUUGUUAGGGGGCAUUUUUUCUUCGUUUUCUUUUUUUUUUUUUUUUUUUUUAUUAGAGGGGAGACCUCACAGUGCCCCACCCCUCUCUGCCUCACUCCUUCAGACAUGGAUUUGGACUGUCUACUUAGGCAGCCAUGGAGGCCCGGGGGGGUGAGAUGGUUGGCUGAAUGUUUGGAUAGAUGAGUGGAGGAAAUGAAACAAAAUGACGUAACUGUGUAGUGACGGCUAUAGACUUGUAAACACAUUACGUGAGACCCGUGCGCCCACGCGGGGCCUCGCCCUCUGUUGGUCAUAAACACGGACACAAACUGUUUGUCAAACUCCUUUCCUGGCCACGUGUCAGUCUUGGACCGUGUGUCCCUUGCUCCU